CGGAUUUGAUUAGGACCUCAUCCCUGAUGUGUGUAACAGAAAAGAUUAGACGGUUCAAGGGGUGAGGUAACAGGUAACGGGGUGUGGCUUUUUAAGAGGGAAAAAAAACAACAAAGGAGGAGGAAGACGAGGAGGAGAAGAAAAAUAGAAGGGUGAGACAAUGGGGGAGAGAGAGAAUGAGCUGAGCCCUUCUCUGGAGUAAAUCUCUCUCAAUCUCAUCAGUGUGUGAGGAGGUGGACGAACUAUCUAACGAGUGUGGACACACAAGCUCUGAGUGUCUCUAAUAGAAUAAAAACUCAACAAGGGAGAAGAUUUAAGCUUGAAACUGCAAGAAAACUCAACAUCCAGAGGUUUUAAACACCAUCUUCUGUUUGGCAAACGUGGAGCCUUGAUUAAAGGUUUGUCUUAUUGUCUCAUGAUACAAGGUCAUUCAGAAGAUUCUUCUUGUGGAUGUAGCAGCGUGUUUUAUGGUCCUUCAUGACUUCAUCAAAACAACAGAAAAUAUAGAGCGACCUUUACUUCCACCAGCAUCACACAUUGUGAAGUGACGCCACGUUUUUAGGUCUUUUUGGCUGAACAGUGGAUGGAGAUCAUGAGGAGUGCUGUGUUACUUCUCCCCCUGGUGCUUUCUUUACUUCAUCCUGCAUGUGCCACAUCGGGCCAAGACUUCAACUAUGGAACCCAACCACGUUUUAUCUGCACACCAGUUCCUGCAGAUGCAGACCCUUCCUGCUUCCCCCAAGCAGGUGCGGGCACAGGAUCAACAGGGCACGGGGGACCAAAUCAUCAGAACGCGCCUCCCAGUGGCUGGUGGGGGGUUAGCGAGGAGGCCAAAGCCACCAUCCUCCACCUCAGGGAGAGCCUGGUCCAGCAGAAGGAGAUCAUCCUGGACCAGAGGGAGACCAUCCGAGAGCUGACGGCCAAGCUGACCCUGUGUGAGGGCGUCGGGCAAGGUGUGUCUCUUCAUGACGAGCACCCCGGCUCUGUAUCGUACUCGCAUCACAGAGGAGUGUCUGUUCAUCACACAUCAUACACCGACAACGGUCACUAUGGCAACGGCAGACUCAUCCCAGACUCACAACACCACCCUUCCUCUGUCCAACGGUCCGAUGGAGGGUACAGCAGCAUUAACCAGGGGAAGGACAAACAUGGGGACAGCACGGCACCAACGGAGCAGAUGGAGAGGAUGCUGCAGGCGCUGAAAGAGAGACUGGACAACCUGCAGAAGAGAAACACGUCCAGCACAUACUCCAGUUCCCUGAAGGAGCUGCUGCAGAGGAAGAUCAGCACCCUGGAGGAGCAGCUGCACUACCACACUGCCAGCAGCCUGGACCACCAUCAUGAAGAUGACUCCGGCCACAGAGACAAUGGAGACCACCAUGAAGAUGGCCACAAAGCUGACAACCACAAGCCCGACCAUGAUGACAGACACCACGACCUUCACCACGACGACCACACGGACCAUGAUGAUGACAGCCACAAUGAUGAUCACCACGAUGGAAAUCAUGGAGAUCACGAUGAGGAUCACAAUGAUGAUAGUGAUGAGGAGGAGGAGGAGGAGGAGGAGGAAGAAGAUAAAGAAGAAGAGGAGGAUGAGGAGGAGGAAGAGGAGGAGGAGGAUGAUCACAGGAGCAAUGAAGCAGACAAUCACAGUUACCUCCCACACACCGGGUACAGAACUGGUUUCCACUCAAAUAAACUGGAAACAAUGCUCAACAAGCUGCACCUGACAGCUUCCAACAGGAAACAUUCACAAAACCUGGAUGCCUUCCAGAUCAGCUUCCCGAUGAGAACUAACUACAUGUACGGCCGGAUGAAGAGGACUCUCCUGCAGGAGAUCUUCGCUCUGACCUUGUGCCUCUGGAUGAAGGCGGGCACGGGGCCCGGACUGGGGACUCCUUUCUCCUACUCUGCACCCGGACAGGCCAAUGAACUGGUGCUCAUUGAGUGGGGGAACAACCCCAUAGAGCUUCUGAUUGAUGACAAGGCUGUGACGCUGCCCUUAUCUUUGAGUGAUGGGAAGUGGCACCAUGUGUGUGUGACGUGGACGACGAGGGACGGACAGUGGGAGGCCUACCAGGACGGCGUGCAGAGGGGAUCCGGGAACAACCUCUCUCCCUGGCACGCCAUCAAGCCCGGAGGGGUCUUCAUCCUGGGACAGGAGCAGGACACUCUUGGAGGCCGUUUUGAUGCCAGCCAGUCGUAUGUGGGUGAGAUGUCAGACCUACACAUGUGGUCUCAUGCCCUGAGCGCCGCUGACAUCUACAGCCUGGCCUCCUGUGGCACACACCUCCGAGGAGACGUCAUCGACUGGUCCGAGUCGGAGAUGGAGCUUCACGGGGGCGUUGCACGGUAUCCGUUUGAUCCCUGUCACUGAAGGUUUAUCCACUGGAGAAGAAGAAACUUGAGAAAUCAUGAAGAUGGCCAGACUAAAUAUUCAGACUGAAUGCCUUCCUUUAAACUAUUUGUCAAAUGAUAAAAAGGAGGAUAAAACUGUAGCCUGAUGAUUGUAAUUACAGAGAAUGCAUAGGACAUUCUCUGCUGUUCUCAUUAAUUAGUUUUUUAUUAUAAACAGACUGAUGAUGAAGUGAUGAUGUGACAUAUUGUCAUAAUGUGAAUAAGAUUUAAUGCUUUCCGUUCUGUGCAAAUGUGAGCAGAACCUGAAGGGUUCAGUUGUAGGAUAGAGUUAGUUUAUUGAAUUUCAUAGAGAUGUUUUUUUUUUUUUUUAGGAAACUCUUCAUACGUUGGAUUCUCUUUUCAAAGGUUUCCAUGAAACAUACGGCUAAUUUACCAAAGAAACUGCAGAACUCAAAUAAAUUUGUUUUUCAAAUUAAUUGAAUCUAGGUGUAAAGAUAAAAGAGUUCAGAGAGAGUUUAGUCAUAUGCACUCUGGUCUGAUUGCCUCAGUUUGGUGUUUUUUUAAACAUUUUAAAAGUGUUUAUUCUGUGGCUUUUCUCAACUUUUAUGUCUUCACAUUGCAAGUUUGUUCACAGAACAAACCCUUAAUAUUCAUCACUUUUGUUGGCUGAUUUAGUAACUUUUAACUUGUGUGUAUUGAGGUCGUUGCACUGUGGCUUCUGAUUUUGCCAUUUUGGCCUUGAUUGUAUAUUUAUCAUUGUACAGUAUGUGAUACACUGACUAAUAGCAAAUGUUUAAUCUCUGAGUGCGAUUCUGUUUUCUUGUUGAAAUGUAAUUAAAGUACAAAAAUCAA